AUGUUUUCGAUAUUAAUUUCUAUCUCUCAUCAUACGAAUUCCAAAUUUCUCACUCAUUUGCGUACGAUCGGAAAUUUACGGAAAAUAAAUGUUGAAGUUGAAAUGAAAAAGCUCAAUGAUAAACAACAAUAUACGAAAGCACUUGACUUAUUCGAUCAACAUGAACAUCAAUUAGUGUUAACAGAUAGACUCAUCGUUCAAGCAAUGAAAGCUUGUUCUCAAUUAGAACAUCUCGAACGCGGUCAGAUCAUUCACAAGAAACUCUCGAAUAAUUUAUUAGACAACAAUUAUGUACAAACUUCACUUAUUAACUUUUACGCACAUUGCGGUCGAAUAACUGAUGCUCAGCGUGUUUUUGAUUCAUCCAGCAAUAAAACAUUGAUUCAAUACGGUUCAAUGAUGAAAGGUUUCAUCAAAAACCGUAUGCCAGAAAAGGCGAUUGAACUUUUUACGAGUCUAGCUAGUCCAGACAGUGUGAUUUUCUGUCUUCUAUUUAAUAGUUGUGCUCGUCUUCGGACCACGACGGCAUUGGAUAUCGGUCGAAAGGUUUGGUCUCAAAUGCCACCAAUUCACUACCAAAAUAAAUACGUACUCAAUGCUGCGCUUGAUAUGUUUAUUAAAUGUGGUGAUUUAUCGAAUGCUGAAAAAUUUUUCGCCCAAAUUAAACAUACUACAAAUGGGUAUGCACAGAUAAUGACUUGUUAUAAUGAACAACGUGAACCGAUGGACACGAUUAAUUUAUACGAAAAGAUGAAAAAAGAAGGUGUUCGUCCAGACUCAAUUAUUUUCCUUCUCUUAAUCAAUGCAUGUGCACAACAUGGAGUUGAAUCACGUGCUCGCUCAAUUGUUAGCGAGAUCCCGUCGUCAAUGUUAACGGACCGUAAACUUCGAAAUUCUUUAAUUCACUUGUGGGGUAAAGUGAGUUGCGUGAGCGAAGCCAAACAAGUCUUUGAACAGAUUGAUCAACCCAAUCAUAUAUCAUAUACUGCUAUGAUUAACGCAUAUGGUCUCAAUGGAUUAGGUCAUGAUGCACUUGAACUCUAUUAUCGAAUGCCAUCGGAAAUGAUCGUUGAAAAAACAUAUGCUUGUAUUUUGAAUGCAUGUUCGCAUUCUGGACUUGUUAAUGAGGCUCGUUCAAUUUUUUCCACGAUUUCAAUGAAAAAUAAAUGGAUUUAUACAGCAAUGAUCGAUUGUUUGAGUCGCUCAUUUUUCUUUGAAGAAGCAAAACAUCUGAUCCAGGAAUUUGAACGUUAUGAUUCUCCUUAUGUACCCAUGUAUGUGUCACUGUUAUCUGGUGCUCGUAAUCAAAACAAUUUAUCUCUGGCACGAGAAACAAUCCAUCGAAUACAAGAACUAUUUCAAAAUGCUGACGAAUACUUAGUAUCAGCUGCAACACUCUUUACAAACAUUUUAGCGUCAUCAGGCGAAUUAGAUGAAGCAUCGCAAAUGCGACACGAUAUGUAUCGAUCUGGUGCAAAGAAACGAAGUGGUUUAUCUUGGACUGAAAUUAAUGGUGAAGUGGCAAAAUUUCGCGUUCAGGACAGAUCCCAUCCACGAACUCAAGAAAUUUAUGAUGAACUAGAUCGAAUCGAAAGCGAGCUCAUUGAACAUGGCCACAAGUUCGAUUCAAGCUGGAUAACACGUCCAAUGAUGCCUGAUGAAACUGUUGAAUCGAUUCUCAAUAGUCAUAGUGAAAGAUUAGCACUCGCGUAUAAUUUCAUUCAACGACCGAUUCCAUCACGAAUUCAGAUAGUGAAGAAUUUACGUAUUUGUGGUGAUUGUCAUGGUGCUAUCAAAUUAAUUAGUCGAAUUCGUCAAUGCCAAAUUGUCAUUCGUGAUGCGAAUCGUAUUCAUCAUUUUGCAGAUGGAAAAUGUUCAUGUAAUGAUCAUUUCUAG